CGAGCGCGAGCAGCAGUGAGGUCAUACGAUUGGUAUCAGAGUGGUGGAAGUUGUUCAAGUGGUGCUGGUGGUUCUACUUCUUCUUGGGCCUAACUGUUACCCCUUUGGCUUGACCUUGUCUCUCUCUUCCAAUAUUUCACAAGAUCCGACGUUGUUGCCUGUGCAACCAUUCGUGCCGUGGUGAGAUUCAGCUACCUGCUACGCUCCAAAAUCAAACUGUGCCAGUGCUCUGUUGUACACAGUUCAGUGCAUGAUUCAGCUACCUGCCACUCAAUGCUCCAAGGCCAAGCUGUGCCAGUGCUCUGUUACACACAGUUCAGUGCAUGAUUAUAAGUGCUUCUGAAGAAGUAAUGUGAUAAGAUGGCCUUUUGCAUGAAGGAAUCACUCAAUUCUAUUGCUGUAAUUGGAAGGCAGAUUAGAACUCUGAAUUCAACUUCUUCUUUUAAGACAAAGUUAUGGUAUAGUACUGCAGCCAAGCCUGUUCAUGAGCCACAAGAAGGGCCAGGUCCUGUUACCAAGCAGAGCUACAAGUUUGUAGUAGUUGGAGGAGGAACUGGAGGGCUAGCUGCUGCAAGCUUUUUAUCUAGAAAGUUUGGACAAGGACAUGUUGCAGUGAUUGAGCCUGCCGAGCAACAUUUCUACCAGCCAAUGUGGACAAUGGUUGGUGGAGGGAUCAAAACUAAGGAGCAGUCAAUGCGCCCCAUGGCAUCUGUCAUGCCUAAAAAAGUAGACUGGAAGAAAGACAAAGCUGUCACCUUUGACCCGGAGAACAAUCUUGUAACUACAUCGAGUGGUAUCAACUUAGAAUACGAGUACCUGGUUGUUGCUAUGGGACUGCAGUUGAAUUUUCAUGCUAUGAAAGGUCUUACUGAAGCCCUGGCUGAAGAUCCAAUGGUAUGCUGUAACUACUCUUAUGACACGGUAGACAAGACUUACAAGGCAUUGCAGAACUUUAAGGGUGGUAAUGCCAUCUUUACCUUCCCAAGUACACCAGUUAAAUGUGCUGGAGCUCCACAGAAAGUCAUGUACCUCACAGAAGAUUACUUCAGAAAGAAUGGUAAACGGGAUCAAGCGGAGGUGAUGUACAUCACUCCUCAGGCCGUUAUAUUUGGUCCACCCAAGUAUGCUGAAUGUCUGAGGAAGGUUUGUGAUAAGAGAGGUAUCAAGGUUCAUUACAAACAUAAACUGGUUGAGAUCAGACAUGACAAGAGAGAAGCAGACUUUGAACUUGAGAGUGGUGAAAUCGUCACUUUCCCUUAUGCGAUGAUCCAUGUUCCUCCUCCCAUGGGACCUCCAGAUGUUCUUAAGGCUAGUCCACUGGUUGAUCAGACUGGUUUUCUAACUGUCAACAAGACUACCUGUCAACACACCAAGUAUCCCAACAUCUUUGGUCUUGGUGAUUGUACUGAUAUACCAACAUCCAAGACAGCUGCUGCUGUAGCUGCUCAGACUGGCACUCUGAAGAAAACCCUGUCAUCGGUCAUGAAUGGACACAAGCCUCAAGCAAGUUAUGAUGGUUACUCAUCCUGUCCUCUGGUUACUGGAUAUGGAAAGCUGAUCUUAGCCGAGUUUGAUUUUAACUUGGAUGCCUUAGAAACCUUCCCAUUGGAUCAGGGCAAGGAGAGACGUCUCAUGUACCACUUGAAGAAAGAUAUAAUGCCAGAACUCUACUGGAAUGGACUCAUCAAGGGACUGUGGAAUGGACCUGGUGCAUACAGAAAGUUGAUGCAUCUUGGAAUGUCCAAAUAAUCUAUGUGAGCUGAUUGUAAAUGAAACAACUAAGUGAGUGUUAUGUUGGCACAUUCCAUUGAAUGAAACUGUGGGAGACCAGUCGGCUGUAAAAUUCUGAGCAUUUUGAAAGAGUUCUUGAAAGAGCAGUAGACCCAAGAUGAUUUAUUCUGAAUCUAAUGAUAAAUUUGUGGUCUUGAAGUCCAGUAAGAAAUAUUUGGCUGUGACUCCGGUUAGAUGAGCCUUUUGAAUUGGGAAGAAAGGAGUUCAUCUAUAUGGACAUAAAGGUUGUCAAGUCUCUUAAAAGGACUAAAAAUAAAAACAUUAAAAAACUUUUGACUUGUAUGUUUUAAGUAGCUUUCAGAAUGUCAACAAUACUUUGUACCUUUCUGGGUUUUUUUUAAUAGGUGUAAUAAAAAAAAGGGUCUUCAUUACUCCUAACCAUUAAUCUUGUGAACAAUCUGCAUAGUAGCGUGCAUUUUGAAAAUUUCUUUCAAGUGAAUAUCUUGCAUGACAGAUAUCUUUAAUAAUUGACAUUAGUUGUUUAAGGAAGUUUAGUCAAACUUUUCAAUCCAUAAAUAAGGCACAGCCAGAAUUGACAAAAAUUUAUACUUCAGAAAUUUGAUUAUGGAUAGUCCACAAUUUAAAAAAAAAUGGAAGUUUGUGCAUUCUGUAUGUAGUGGGAGAGAUGAAAAUGUUUGAUAUGGUUUUUCUAUGCCUAAGGAGUAGAAGUAGUCAGUUGGAAAAAAAUAUAAAAUAAAAGGAGCCCUGGUAUCCAAAUGUGAGGAAGGUCUUACAUAUUCACAAGAGUUUUUGAAGCUUUCAUCAAAUACUUCAUUGAUGUAUGUACAAUCCAUGUUGUCCAAACUCUGACACAAGUUAUCUUUUCUUUAUGAAUGGUUGAAAGCUUUGUACUUCCAACUAUGACAUUUUCUUCCUUUUCAAUUUUGAGAUAUAUACCUUUUAUCCAAAUAAAACAUCAAUGUAACUUGAAAAUUUACAUGUAUAUUUUACUAGAAAAUUAAAUUCUAACUUUUUUACUGCAAGAGGUAUUUUGAGGGGCAAAUUUGCUCUCCCAGUGGCUCAAGCUACCCAACUCACACCGAAAUGUGUUGUUGAAUGUAUACACACAUAUGAAUUUCAUAUUCCAAUUAUUUUAUUACAAUCAAUUAAAGUCUUUUGUAAUGGUAUCUCUCAGCAGCCCUUAAUGCUUUGAUGGUCUUCCAAUUAUGGUCAUUGUAAUUUACUAAAUAUGAAUAUCGCAUUUUGCAGAAUGUGUCGAUGAAUCAUAAAAAGAAAGAAAACUACAGAAGACUGCCUGAAGAUAUGGCAAUAUGUGAUCAUUUCAAUCUUUAUAUUUCAAAUAUUUUGUUUCUAUUUAGUAAUGCAUAUUUUGUGAAUCAAAAAAGUCAACAUCGAAAUCAGUUUCAAAUUUUAGUAAAUAUAUUAUUCUCCUUUCUUUGAGUGAUUAGUAUACUUGUUUGAUUUGCUAUUAAAUGGGAAUUGAAUAUAAUUGUGAUUGAAUCUAAGUCUUGAAAUCAACAGUACUGUUUGUGCAUGUACAAUGCAUGAAUUAAGGAUGCCUUCAGAAGUGUUCUGGUGUGUCAGACCAAAUGCAAUGUGUAGUAUUUUGUGCAGACAUAAAAGCUGUCAUUCCCAUGCAACUGCUUGUCUCCUACAUGUUUAUAUUGUAUUAUAAUAUUACUCAGAUAUACCAUCACAUUCUUAACUUCUUUGAAUUAUGUUUACAGAGAAUACAUACAUUACAUCAAUGUAACAAAUACUGCCUUUAUCAAUUUAUGAUCUAUGCAAAUUGCUAAAACUUCCAUUUGAAUAGCCUAAGAAAUUGUAAAAGAAAUACCAGGAGUGGAUUUUUUAUAACUUAAUUAUCUAUGAAAAGAUUGAUUACUUACAUAAUUAUGUAUGAUAGAGGCCUUGUAUGAUAUUCACAAGGCAUAGUUUUUUUUAGGUUUGUCUCAAUUGACAUAGCAUUUUGCCAAUUUUGAAUUUAGCUUUCUAGUUGCCCCUUUUUCACACAUAUACACUUGUUAAUUCUAACUUGUGUUUUUACUCAAAGUAUAGAGAAAAUGAACUAGUGCUCCUUGUAUUCAAGACUUCCAAAAUGAAAUAUGUAUUGAUAAUCAGUGCUUAUAUUGUAAGAUUUACUACAUGAAAGAAAUGAUAUUAGAGUUCUCUUGUGUGAAAAUGAUAGUAUGUGGGUCCAGGUUUUUAAAAAACAAAGCAGAUAUGUUUGUUUUUUUCGUGUUAUUGUCAGAACCCAAAUUUUAUUUUAAUUUGGUGCUUGUGCAAAUGUGCUGGCAUGUUCAUUUUGCAAUUACUGUAUAGAUAUAUCAAAAUUUUCAGACAAAAUGCAGAGGUUAGAGACUUGAUCAUAUAACUAAUCUUUAAAUGUUAUAUGAAAUUAUAUUUUUCAAUGAGACUUAUAUAUUGCCUUAUCAAUUAUUAGAUUAUGCUAUUUUGGUCAGUUUGAAGAUGAGUAUGAUAAUUACGUAAAGAGAUGUUAAUGGUUCAUAUGAAUAUCCGAUUCUUGUGAUAAAAAACAGUUCAGAAACUUCUUCAUCUGCCCUUAUUCCUUCUUCCAGCUGCUUCAAACAAAGAAUGCCAUGAAUUGAACAAGAUCUUUCUCUAUACAAACACUGUGAAUCCAUGCUAUUCUUGUCAGCAAUUUAUAAUAUGAGAUCAUCAAGAAGUGCUGAAGUGCUUCUUUAGUGCACAUCAAUCUAAUAGCAGCUGGAAACUUUACAAAUAACAGACUUUAUUUUUUCACUAGAAGACUUCUUAGUGGCUGCAAAGCAAUGUGUGCUUUUGCCAAAUAGAAAUGAACUUUAGUUGUGCUAAAUAUUUAUUACUUUUCUAAUCUAGCUGUUUUAAAAAUGGCAAUCAAAAUACCAUACAAGAUUUUAUUACAUAUACAA